AUGACGAGUGACAAUCCUGUAAUUAUCAUCGGCGGCGGCCUUGCGGGUCUGGUGGCUGCCUACGAGCUCUCGAAACGUGAAGUCCACAGCAUCAUCAUCGACCAAGAGAAUGAAGAAAACCUUGGUGGACAGGCAUUCUGGUCUCUCGGUGGCCUUUUUAUUGUGAACUCUGCGGAACAGCGCCGGGUGGGUAUCAAGGACAGCCGUGAACUCGCGCUGCAGGACUGGUUGGGGACAGCACGUUUUGAUCGGGACUGCGACUACUGGCCGAAGAAAUGGGCAGAAGCUUUCGUCGACUUCACUUCAGGGGAGCUUGAGAGCUAUGUAAAGUCACUUGGCUUGAGCAUUGUCAGUGUCGGUUGGGCGGAACGAGGCAGCGGAGACGCUGGGGGCCAUGGAAACUCGGUACCGAGAUUUCAUUUGUCAUGGGGCACCGGUCCUGCAGUGGUUGAAAUUUUUGAGAAGCCAGUCAGAGCAGCUGUAAAGAAAGGGCUGGUGAAGUUCAAAUUUCGCCAUCAAGUUGACUCUAUUGUGGUCGAUGAGCACGGUGCAGCUAUCGGUGUUCGGGGCCAAGUUCUCGAGCCAUCUGACACUGCCCGGGGAAUUGCAAGCAGUCGUAAGAGUGUUGAGACAUUCGAGAUACAUGGAAGCAAAGUCCUCAUAUCAAGCGGAGGAAUCGGUGCCAACAUUGAGCUGGUCAAGAAGAACUGGCCCGUUGAUCGACUCGGUGCUAUUCCAUCCAACUUUGUCGUUGGUGUUCCGGCCCAUGUAGAUGGACGUAUGAUCGGAAUCGCUCAGGCUGCGGGUGCCAAUGUAAUCAACAGCGACCGCAUGUGGCACUACACCGAGGGCAUCAUGAAUUGGGAUUCGAUUUGGCCAAACCACGGGAUUAGAAUCAUUCCUGGUCCAUCCUCACUCUGGCUGGAUGCCACGGGUCGUCGACUUCCUCCAAUGCUGUACCCUGGAACUGAUACUCUGGCAACGCUAAAGCACAUCUGCAACAGUGGCCAGGACUACACGUGGUUCAUUCUCAACAGGACCAUCAUCAGCAAAGAGUUUGCUCUUUCAGGUUCCGAACAAAACCCAGAUAUCACCGGGAUGAGCUAUUUCCAAGCUCUGAAACGUCUCCUCGGCUGGUCCCCCACCGGACCCGUUCAAGCAUUCAUGGAUAAAGGAGUUGAUUUCGUGGUCGAGAAGACACUUCCCGAAUUGGUUGCUGGCAUGAACAAACUCGCGAAGGAACGGGGCGGACCAGAACUUGACGUUGAACACAUCGAGCACGAGAUUCAUCUUCGCGAUAGUCAAUGCGACAAUCCAUUCAGCAAAGAUGCACAAAUUAUGCUGAUCCAAAAUGCGCGCGCUUACUGGCCUGAGCGAUGGUCCCGAGUAGUCAAGCUCCACAAGCUCACCGAUCCUAGCUAUGGUCCUCUCAUCGCAGUUCGAUUGAAUCUUCUGACUCGAAAGACCCUAGGUGGACUGGAGACAAACCUGGAUGGAAAUGUUCUUCGUCCAGAUGGAUCACCUUUCCCGGGAUUGUACGCUGCGGGUGAAGUCUCCGGAUUUGGCGGAGGUGGACUUCACGGAUAUAGCGCUCUUGAAGGUACUUUCUUAGGGGGAUGCAUUUUUUCGGGACGAGUGGCAGGUAUAAAAAUGGCCGAGGCAGUAUUGGGGAGCCCAGACGAGUCCUCUUAG